AAACUAAAUUAACACGAAACUCUUUAUCAGUGUUGGGUUUCACCAAUAUUAUAAGCCAAAGAGGUCAACUCAGUGUGUUAGAGCCAUGCCAUAUAUCAGUUCAGACGGCCAGGUUGGCAAGAAGCCCUUCAGCCUCUAUGGCAUCUUUUGGGCCAUCAUCAACUUCUUUUAUCUGUUCUACAUGACGCUGAUCAACUCCGACUACAACAAGCAUGGGGAGAAGUACACGCGCGAGUACAGGAGUCCCGGCAGCGGGCCUCCACGCCCGCCGUCCCGUCGUUUCGGGGGCUUCAACUCAGGCUCGGGGCCCGCGCCACCACCAGCCGGGGGCUGCGGCUGCGGCUAGCGGAGCCCUAACACCAACCGAUACAUGCUUAAUGACUUGACGCCUAGUUGUAACUGUAACCUUAGUGAUAAGGACUGUAUUUCCGAUAUCAAUGUACCAUGCUUUAGAAAUGACAGACACAUUGAGUUUAUACCUAGACCUAACAUUCCUAGCUAUCAAUACAUAAUAGAUCAACCUACAACCAAAGUACGAGAACUGAUUUUUGACGAUA